AUGAUGGUGCCGCAGAUCCUAAAGAACGCCGCUCUGCUGCGUGCCAACCAGGGCGCAGCGUUGGGAAUCCUGUCGUGGCUGGGCUUCGCCACGGGCUUCCUGGGCAACAUGCUGCUGCUCUCCUACUUCACCGCUAAGCGGGAGCUCUCUGCAUGCCUCGUGCAGGUAGUAGGAGCGGCGUCCACAGCCGUCCUCCUCUCGCAGGUCUACCUCGCGGGGUUCAUGCCCCCCCCAGCCUUCACCGCAGUGGCCGCCUAUCUGCUGCUCGGCUGCGCUGUCAACUGCCUGCGCUUCACCCGCCGCCUGCCCCAGCCCCUGUGGGACACGUGGCAGGACGUGAUUGGCGUUCUGGGCCUCGCUGUGCUGCCACAGGUCAUCUGGUCCACAUUCUCCUCUGUCAGCACGAAGCUUCCAGGAACCGUCUCGGCGGUGGGCGGGUUACUGUUCAUAGCGGCCAUGCGGAGGGGGCUGGUGGGGCAGCGGUGGCGGGACAGGUGGCAGCUGCUGAGUGGCUGGACCGCCACGCUGCUCUUCAUGGUCAUGCCCGUCGCCCAGCUGCAGGUAUGCUUCACGCGGCCCGACCAGCUAGCGGGCAUGUCAGCGCUCUCCUCGCUGCUGGGCAUAGUGGGCAACGGCCUCAUGGUGCCGCGGGCGCUCUUCACACGCGACUUGAUCUGGUUUCUGGGUUGUUCCUGGGGCUGCAUUCUCAUGGGCUGGGGUGUUCUCCUCGCCAUGGCCCUCCACGGCUUCUACCCGCCUCGCCUCUUCAUGGCUGUCUCACUUGCGCUUAUCGGCUAUCUUGCUGCUGUCUUUAAUAAUCUCCUUGGCGACACUCAGUCACUCCUCAGUCACUCGCUCUACAACAAUCCCCUUCGCAAUCUCACUUUCAUCGGCGGUAACCCAGUAAACCAAGCUCUUCGCGAGCUCGACAACGACUCGCUCGGCGUUCCCGAGGUUGUCGUUAAAGAGUAUCCAGACGCGAUCAAAAUCGUCGCGACCGUUCCGGGCCUCGAGAAGAAGGACCUGCAGGUGCAGGUGCGGGGGAAGGAUGUUGUGACGAUCAGCGGCAAGCGGACCAGAGAGGAGAGGGACAACGACGACAGCAACCGCGUUGUCAAGGAGUUCAGCAGCUUCGAGCGCAGCUUCCGGCUGCCACGUGACGUGUCUACGAAACAGGUUACAGCAGCAGCGCGGAACGGCGUGCUCACGGUGACGGUUCCCAAAAGAACAUGCAGGGAUGUUGUCAUUUUAAGAGUGGUGUGUGAAGAUGCGCAGGUGGUUGUCAGCUCCCCCACUGACUACAGCGUUGCCGCCCUGCCACCAGUCCGCACACAGCACCUGCCCACCCCAGAGGUGCAUUCAAUACAUUGUAUCAGGACAAGGCAUGAGGAGUAA